CCAGCGGAAAACGCAGUCGAAAGCCGGCCGUGUGCGUCGUUGCGUGAUAUCUUUAUUGAGUGCUCUUCGUUCAAGAAGCGAGUGGUCUGCUCACGCCUGAAGCGCAGCAUUGGCGGCGAGAAAAAAACGAAGCUCUGGAUCAGUGCCUGGGCGCUUGGAAGGAAAGAUGCAGAACUAUCAACAGUAUCACGAAGUCGACGGCUUCUACAUCAGCAAGAGCUUCCCAGUGGAAUGCGUCCGCUCGGCGCUCCGCUACAAGGUACAACCGGGUGACUUAUUCAUCGUCAGCUACCCCAAGUGCGGAACAACAUGGAUGCAGCACAUUGUGUAUAACAUUAUAAAUGCAUCACCCCCCAAAAACCAGCUGCUGAGCUGGAUACAGAUGCCUUUCCUUGAAGCCCAAGGAGCCGAAUCUGUCGAGGACAUGAAGCGACCGGGCCCAAUCAAGACACACAUGGCUUUCCGCUUCCAACCCUACUCAAAGGACGCGAAGUACAUCUACGUAGCGAGAAACCCGUACGACUGCUGCGUGUCCUAUUUCUACCACACCAAGCACAUGCCUGAGUACCACUUCGAAGAAGGCACGUUCGAUCAGUUCUUCGACAUGUUUGUGGAAGGCAAGGUUGAUUUCGGCGACUACUUUGACCAUCUGCUCUCGUGGUAUGACCACCGAAAUGAUCCGAACGUCUUGUUUGUAACUUACGAGCAGCUUAAGAAGGACAUCAGGGCUUGGGUCCUGAAGAUUGCUGAUUUCAUUGGGGAAGAGUUCGGCCAGAAACUGCGGAGUGACAACAGUCUGUUAGAGAACGUACUACAGAACAUCAGCGUUAAGAACAUGAAGGAAACUGUCAACGAUUCUAUGAAAAACUUGUUCGAUAACCUCGACACCUCUCUCGGUGGCAAGGUGCCCAAAUGGGUCGCACUUAUGAAGGAAUCGAUAGGAGCUGAGGCCUGUGAUAAGCCGAUGACAGGUGAUUUUGUUCGCAAAGGCGUCGUCGGUGAUUGGCGGAACCACUUCUCGGAAGACCAGGUGCAGCGAUUAAAGAAGAGGAUUCAGGAGAAGACGCAAGGCAGUGAUGUCAUGGAUUUGUGGAAGGACGCUGAUAUUCCGCAUUAAGUGCUUUAUGCUAAAUUUUGUGCAAUUUCGAGAGACUCGUAGCCGGUCAUGAAAUACGAACAGAGUAAGCACUGUGUGCUCAGGCUUACUGAUGUUCCUUUAUGUGCCUUGCGCUGGUAUAAAAUAUACGGAAAUGCUA